GCUUGUAAAUAAAUAAGGACGUGUUUGCUGCACACAAUCAUUGUGGCUAUGGGUUUGCAGCAGAAAUCCAAAAACCUCUUCGACUACGCAACUUCAACACCAAAAGAGGUCUUCUACCUCUUCACCCUUACCAUCCUCACCCUCCUCCUACCCCUCUCGUUUCUUCUCCUUGCAAGAUUCUCCGAUGCUCAAUACUUUCUUCAAAGCUUCACUUGGUACCAUUCACCAAACCCCUUUCCCUAUGUUUUAACACUUGCCAUGCAUAUCAACCCCUUCAUUCUCAACGUUCUCGUGUCCUUUGUUAGCAUAGUUUCCCUUAUCCACAGCUUGACGGGUAAAAUCACCAUUUUGAAUGAGUCAUCAUCAUCAUCAACAUCAAGUAGUGUUCUUCAUCCUCGUCUCUACACUGCAUGGAUUCUCCUUUGCACUUUCCAAGUUUGUGUGGGUUUGGGCAUUGAGGGAAGCAUUGAGGCGGGGCUUUAUGACACUGACUCGAGUUUUGGCGUUGAAAGGAGUCUUCUGAGCAGAGUGGUUUUUCUCUUGGGUUUGCACGAGACAACGCAGGUUUGGUGUAGAAUGGUGGUGAGGCCAGUGGUGGAUGACACGGUGUUCGGUGUUUUGAGAAAAGAAAGAUGGGUUGAGAGGGUGGGUAUGGCUGCUAGCUUAGGCAUGUUGUGGUGGUGGAGGUUGAGGGAAGAGGUGGAGACUUUGGUGAUUAUGGUUGAAGCAAAGAAAGAGCUAUUGAUGGAUGUGAGACUAAUUGACUUUGUUGGGUGGUGGCUCUAUUAUGUUAUUGUCACAAUUGGGAUGGUGAGGAUUGUGAAGGGUCUUGUGUGGAUGGCCAUGAUUUGUCUUAGAAGAAGAGCUUCAGAAAUUUCAAUGGUACAGCCUAGUGAGAACGAUGAUAAGGUGUAGAUUUUACCAACAUUGUGAUUCUUUUAAUUUUAUUUUUUCCCCACUCCAUAAUUUUUCCAUUCUCUUCUCUGUUUAGAGACACUACAGUAUCGCACAUUUAUACCUUCUUGAGAUGUGUAACACGUUAUUAUAAUUUACUUAUUUGAUAUACAUAACUCAAUU